AUGUUUCUUACGUUUGCACUAAAGAAUUAUACUGCAAUUUUAAGACAUCGAGUACUAUUAAAGACUAUUAAUUCAACGACAAAAUGCUAUUACAGCGAUUCAUCGUUAAAUUUUGCUAAUUCCAUUUUAUUUAACCUUGGGAAUACUGCCUCUACUAAGAACAAUGUUAGGGAUAAUAAAAUUAAAUAUAAUAACAAUAACAAAGAUAAAAAAAACUCAUAUAACAACAACAAUAAAAAAUACAAUGCUAAAAAAGCAAAAAGGAUCACAGUCAAAUGGAGUACUGGCACCGAAAGAGCACAAGAAGCAGCAAAUUGGGUAUUGAAAAACAUAUUUAAAGCUAGUCCAAAUGGUGCUAUCAAAGUUAUUGACCCAGAAACUAAUAAAAUAGUUGAUACAAAUAUACGGAUUUUUGCCAAAGGUGUUAAUUUAGAUGAGGUUGGAUUUUCCAUUGUAAAUAUUUUCAAAGAUGAAGCCAAAGGCACUGGUAUACCCAUGGUAAAAAAUGUUGAAAGGAAAAUAGCGUUAAAAAACUAUUCUGACGCAUUGGCUGUCAAAAAGUCUGAGGAAUUACUUGCUUCUGGUGCCAUUUCCCCAAACAGACUUGGUGCUGGUAUGAGCAGAUUGUUAACUUCCAAUGGUACCGCUUCCAAUGCUAAUAAUAGUGAAGAGAAUGGAUUGAAACAAAUUAAAAUUUCAUGGCAAAUAUCCGAAUUGGAUUUACAUAAACAAAAGAAACAUGAAAUUUUGACUCAAUUGAAAAAAGGCUUCAAAGUUACCUUAUAUUUAGAUACACGAGAUCAUCUGAAUUCAAAUAAAUGGCUAUCUAAAUUUGAUUAUCUAGAUGCAAGUGGAAAGAAUCAUGAUGAGGAAGAGAAUGCUAAUAAGGAACCGUAUUUUGGCAAAAUUAGUAACAAGGAAUUGAAGUUGAGAAAAAAGACUAUCGAGGAGUUAUUAUUAAUGGUUGAUGAAUAUUCAAAUAGGCCUAUCAUCAUUGGGGUUCCAGAAAAGUCUAUGUAUAUAAAACUAACGCCAAAGAAAAAUGCUACCGCUACGGAAGGUCAAGAUGACAAUGUAAAUAGUAACGAUAAUAAUGAUACAAAUAAGCAAUUAGAUAGAUAUGCUUUGAAAGAAUUGAAGAAAAAGGAAAGGAGAGAGAAACUGGAGCGUAAGUUACAGAGAAAAUCAGAGACAUUAGCAAAAUUAGUGUAA